GACAGCCUGUGAGCUCAGUCGACCCAGCAAAGCCCAGCCGACCCCGCCAAGGAGAGAGUCAGACCGAUCAGGCACAAAGCCAGGCCACACUGCCACGAGCCCAGCGGAGAGAGCGCAGCGCCAUGAACCGCCGGGUGUUGUUGAAUAUGCCCUCCAAAUCCUGGAGCCACAGGCGUCGCAGACGUUUGGAUAACCCCAUCCCGUUCCCUGAGCUGUAUGAUGGUGACACCGAACGCCUCCCGGAGUUCAUCGUGCAGACGGGCUCCUACAUGUUCGUGGACGACCAGGUCUUCGACACCGAUGAGCUCAAGGUGACCUUCCUGAUUACCCGCCUCAAGGGCCAGGCCCUGAAGUGGGUGAUCCCCUACAUCGAGAAGGACAGCCCCCUGCUCAAGGAUUACAGCGGCUUCCUGGCCGAGAUGAAGCGGGUGUUCGGGUGGGAGGAGGAUGACGACUUCUA